AUGUCUACUGCAAACAUCCAUGAAAUCGAUACCGUCUUAAGCACCCUACGUAUAGAAGGCGAUUCCAAUUUAGAACCAUUCUUCCAGGAAUUUGAAACCCUAUAUGAAAAGAAACUAUGGCAUCAAUUGACAAAAUCAUUAAUUGAAUUCUACCAUCAACCUUCCUCGGUUUCACUAAGAUUAAGAUUAUACGAUACCUUCAUUUCUAAAUUCUAUGAUAAAAUUAAUCAAUUAGAUUUAAUUGAAUUCCUUUUAUUAUCAUUAAAGGACAAUUCAAACAUUGAAGAUUCUUUAAAUUAUUUAAAUGAUUUGAAAAUGAAUUUCAUUCAAUUGGACAAUGAAAAUAAAAGAAAUACAGGUUUAAAAGAUCAUAAAUUCGGUUGUUUACUAAUUGAUAUUGAAAUUGCAAGAUGUUAUUUACUUAAAGAUGAAUUGAUUAGAAGUAGAGAAUUAUUAGAUAAAAUUGAAACUAAAUUCAAUUAUAAUUUAAAUAUUAAUCCAAUCCCAUUAAAAUUGAAGAAUGCCUUUUACGCAGUUAAUUCUCAAUAUUUUAAAUUGAAAAAUGAUUUUAAUUCAUUCUAUUAUACAAGUUUAUUAUAUCUAUCAACUUUAAAUGAUAAUGAAAAUGAAAAUGGAAAUGAAAGUUCAUCCUCCUCUUUCUUAAACGAAAUUGAUUGGAAGAAUUGUGCAUAUGAUUUGUCAAUAGCUGCUUUAUUAGGUGACAAGAUUUAUAAUUUUGGAGAACUAUUAAAUCAUCCAAUAAUGUCAAACAUCUUAAAUGACCCCAAUUAUCAAUGGUUAUUAAAUUUAUUAAAUUCAUUGACAAAUGGUGAUUUUAAUAAAUUUGAUAAUUUAAUAAAGCAUGAUGAAAAUUUGAAAAAAUCAUCAAAUUCAAUACUUUUGAAACAUGAAGAUUUCUUAAGACAAAAAAUCUGUUUAAUGACCUUAAUCGAAACUGUCUUUGCUAAGAAUAUUAGAACUUUAACUUUCAAUGAUAUAUCAGUGGCUACUCAUUUACCAGAAGAUAAUGUAGAACAUCUAAUCAUGAGAGCUAUUAGUUUAGGUCUAUUGAAAGGUUCCAUAGAUCAAGUUAAUCAAUUGGUCAUCAUAACUUGGGUUCAACCAAGAAUCAUUAACUUCGAUCAAAUAGAUAAAAUGAAAAACAGAUUAGUAGAAUGGAAUGAACAAGUUAAGGCGCUAGCUGAAAAAAUGGAAGAAAAGGGUAAGCCAAUUUGGGUCUAA